AUGUCACGACAUCGUAUUAAGGCCGUAAGCUACGACGAGGAUGACUACGAUGACUACGAUGAUGGCUAUGACUCCCAAGAUCCUGGGGAGAAGGAGCUUCUCGAAGAGUGUACUCGAGAAGUGCUCGCCCAACUACUUAGCGGCGAGCCUUCUGUGGCUGCGACCCGCGAGGAAGUCCAAGAGGCGCUCUGGCAUUAUUACAAUGAUGUAGAGAAGUCGGUAAAUUAUUUGAGAGGCAAGAAAACAAAAGAAGUGAAAACGAAGCAGGUGGUUGUGGCGACGACAACAAAGGCGAAAGUGCCUUCAUAUCCUGCUCCUCCCACAACUUAUAAUACCGCGCAACACGCUCAUUUCUCGGCUGCGGAGUUUUUUCGUGACUGUCCCUGGCUGGAUGUACCGGCGCAUCGAAAGGCAGAUAUUCUUGUUGAACCAUUAUAUCCUCGACUUGGCCUUCUUGGUGGUGCUCCUGAAAACCCAGGAAAGAUGUCGAAGUUGGCUGCUUUGGCCGCCGCGCGCAAGAGGAAGGAGGGUGAGAAGGGUCCUGCUAUCACCACACCUACGGUGUCUGCGGAGGACAAGAAUGAACCGGCUGCAGAGCAAGCCAAGGGAGUUCCGCUGUCGCUUCGUGAACGACUGGCCAGCAGUGGAAAGCUACCCAAGCUCGCCGAGCGCCCCCCGUUGCUCCAAUCUUUGGGGAACGGGCCUCGAACGGGAACCUUGUGCCAGAAGAAACCCUCUCCUGAACCACAACCGAAAUCUCCUCCAGCGGGAACUGGAUUAAAGGAUUCCGCCAUGGACGCUCCUCCUAUUGCCGAGAAGGAGGAAGAACAAUCUACCGUCAAUAUCCGUGCACCGCCAUCAACGUUCGCCAUGACUAUUGUCGGGGGGGACAAGAGUCUGAAGACGACCGAGCCCAGCCACCUAUACACGAAUACCCUUGAUCUGAUCAAGAUCUACGGACAAGACCUUGCUGAACCUUUUGACUUUGCAGGCCCUAGCCCCGACGAUGUGGUAUUGAAUGCACAGAGCUCAGCUAAAGGCUUCAAGUCGAAACAAUCUGCCUCAAAGCCGCAAGGUGAUAAGAAGGGCCAGUCUGAUUUGGCAGGCGAAAUGAAUACCUUGAGUGUUGCCGAAAAAGUGAAUGUGAAGAGCAAGAACCUGGAUGUUCUUUCUGAGUAUAAGAAAACGAAACGGAAGAAUGCAAUGAAUUUUGUGGUUAUUGGUCACGUUGAUGCCGGGAAAAGUACACUCAUGGGACGAUUACUCGCUGAUUUAAAGGCAGUCGACCAACGAACGCUGGAUAAGUAUCGACGAGAAGCGGAGAAGAUUGGGAAAGGAUCUUUUGCUCUUGCCUGGGUUAUGGAUCAAGGCACUGAGGAGAGGGCUCGAGGCGUGACGAUCGACAUUGCGACAAGCAAGUUUGAGACGGAAAAGACGGUUUUCACAAUAGUGGACUCUCCCGGCCAUAAGGAUUUUGUUCCGAAUAUGAUCGCGGGGGCCAGCCAGGCAGAUUUUGCGGUACUUGUUAUCGACUCUAGUAUAGGAAACUACGAAUCCGGGUUGAAGGGCCAGACAAAAGAACACGCUCUGCUUGUCCGGAGUAUGGGUGUGCAACGCAUUAUUGUUGCUGUGAAUAAGAUGGAUACCGUUGAGUGGAACAAGGAUCGUUUCGAAGAGAUUGAACAACAAGUUUCGGCAUUUUUGACGACGGCCGGGUUCCAAGCCAAGAAUAUUUCGUUCGUACCUUGCUCAGGUAUUAGCGGUGAUAACAUCACCAGACGAAGUGAUGAUCUGAAUGUGUUAUGGUACAAAGGUGGUACGCUCGUCGAAGAGCUUGAGGCCACCGAGCCGUAUUCCCAUGCGAUGGAUAAACCGCUCCGCAUGACGAUAGGUGAUGUCUUCCGGGGUAGCGUGCAAAAUCCUCUCUCGAUUUCCGGUCGCCUUGAUGCCGGCAGCUUGCAAGUAGGCGACCACAUUCUCACUAUGCCGAGUGGAGAGACCGCCACGAUUCGAAGUCUGGAGGUAGAUGGAGAAUGCAGCGACUGGGCUGUCGCAGGGCAGAAUGUGGUUUUGCACCUGGCUAAUAUCGAUCCUGUCCAUCUUCGCUCUGGCGAUGUUAUUUGCCACGCAUCCUCCCCUAUCCCCAACAUUACCUCGUUCAGAUGCAAAGUCCUUGCAUUUGACCACCUACUGCCUAGGAUGGUCGACAUUCAUCGGGGACGCCUUCAUGUUCCCGGGCGGAUCAGUCGACUAGUGGCAACGCUGGAUAAGGGAUCGGGGUCGGUCCUGAAGAGGAAGCCCAAGAUUAUCCCACCCGGUGCAGUUGCUCGGGUUGUUGUUGAAAUGGAGCAGGCAGUGCCGUUGGAGGCGCCGACGAGGAUUGUUCUCCGCGCUGGGGGGGAAACCAUAGCUGCGGGAUUACUGGAAUAA